UACCGCCGCCCCCGAAGCCGGGAUGACGUACCGGCGCCGCGCCUUUAUUUACAUUUUUGAUUAACAAAACUAACUAAACCAUCACGUGUGUUAUGUUCACACUCGUAACUAGACCCCAUUUACCUAAAACAUAUGAAAAAAGUCACAUUCUGACUGUGAAUCUUUAGAAAAUGGUAGAAGAUCACGAAUCGAGUAAAGAUAAUGGAAAACCAGUAGAAAAGAACAUGGACGCAAUCGAAGCUGCAGCUGGCUUGGACGAGAAGAAAGAUCUCGACAAAAUAAACUCAAUCAAAUCAAAUGGACAUGACUUAGCUGCUCAAUACACUAAAGCUGAUGGUGAUGAGUCACCAGUUGAUCGGGUGAAAUUUGUAGGAAUAGGAGAUGAUGAUAGCAUCUGUUCCGAUGAGUCAAGUGAAGAAGACAAGCUCCCACCAAUACCAGAUGGUGGAUGGGGCUGGGUAGUUGUAAUCUCUGCGUUUCUAGUCUCUGCCUGUGCCGAUGGCUUGGCAUUUUCUUUCGGAUUACUUCACGAAGAAUUUACUUCGUACUUCGAAACCACGCAAUCAAAGACAUCUUUGAUUGGAAGCUUGUUCAUAGCUACUCCGUUGUUAGCUGGACCAAUUAUGAGCGCUUUAGUGGACCGAUAUGGCUGCAGAAUAAUGACUAUGCUGGCUGGAGUCCUUUCAACGGUUGGAUUCCUUUUGGCUUCAUUGAGCAAUUCUGUUGAAGUACUCUGUCUAACAUUCGGUUUUCUGAGUGGAUUAGCUAUGGGCAUUUUAUACGUAACUGCUGUCGUAUCAGUAGCGUUCUGGUUCGACAAACGAAGAAACUUGGCGGUAUCUUUAGCUUCGUGCGGAAUAGGUUUCGGCACAUUGUUAUACUCACCGAUGACGAAUUAUUUUCUAUAUUUAUAUGAUUGGAGGAAUACUAUAGUGUUACUAGCUGGUACUUUGUUAAAUAUGUGUGUUUGUGGAGCUCUGAUGAGGAAUCCUGAAUGGUUGGAGAUAAAAAUGAAGCGUGAGAGGAAGGAGAGGAAGUUAUCAAGGUCAAAGUCUGGAAGAUCGUCCAGUAAUAGCUCUGCUGGCUCUACCGGAGGAGAGUCGGUGUUCUUAAAUGCUGAAGAGAUUAGAGACUUGCUGAAGAGUGGAAAGAGCCCCGAGUACAUUUUAUCCACCUUGGCUACGACUAUAGCAGAGGCUGAACAACUAGAAGCUACUACUCAGAUGAACGCAGAUCAAGGAUUUCAAAGAAGAAUGCAUUCAGCGAUUCAUCUACCUACAUUCGUACAGCAGAAUGAAAAGGUGCCAGCGGAAGUAAUUGAAAAACUGAUGACCAAUAAGCGUCUGUAUAACAUAAUACUCCAAAACUAUCCAGAUGUAUUGACGAGAAGAAAAUCUGAAGUCAAUAUUGCCAUACCGACCGAAGCUAAAAACGAACCAGCUCAACUACCAGUAACUAUCAAAGUCAAGAAACCUAAGCAUGAAUCGGAAACUAAGAAAUCUGAAGAGAAAAUUAAUGAAGAAAAUAAGGCUGAAGAAAAAGUGGGAUCAAGUAGCGCUCUAACAGCGAGUAAUAUUAAAUUAUUGCAAGAUAAGUCUAAGCACAAACCUCAUACUCACCAUACGCAUGCGUCACACAAUAUGCCGCAAACUAACUGGUUUUCGAGACAAAUAUCCACGGAUCAUCAUUAUCUGAGAGAAAUGUAUCUGACCAGAAAUACAAUGAUGCAUAGAGGAGCCAUGCUCAAUAUACCGAGGUACAAGCUUCGGGCCUCUUCGCUUCCUGAUAUUUAUCGGAAUUCGAUGUGGUCUCUUGCGUCUGAAUCGGACGAUGAAAUGAUGUGGUAUGACCGCUUCUUCGAGACCAUGAAGUCCAUGUUUGACUUCCGAAUGUUCACCGAGUUCCACUUCCUGAUGUUCAACCUGGCGUCCCUCAUCCUCUCCGUGUGGUUCAUCGUGCCGUACUUCUUCCUGACGUCCUACAUGACGGAUAGCGGCGUUGAGGGCGGUGCUGUGAUGAUUAGUAUCAUUGGGGUCGCCAGCAGCAUUGGGAUUGUCGUCCUCGGCUGGGCCGGCGACCAGCCCUGGAUCAACGUGACCAAGACCUACGCGAUCUGCCUCGUCAUCUGCGGUCUCUCCGUCGCGGCCUACCCUCCCUUCAUCACGAACUACUGGGCGCUGACCGUCAUCUCAGCGAUCUUUGGCCUGUCGUUCGCCAGCUCCUACUCCUAUACGCCUGCCAUACUGAUGGAGCUGAUGCCGAUCGAUCAUUUCACUGUGGCUUAUGGGUUGAUUCUGUUGAGUCAGGGGAUCGGACAUCUUGUGGGGCCGCCUAUUGGAGGAAUGCUCUUUGACGUGACCGGAACCUGGGACUUGACAUUCUAUAUCGGCGGCCUCUGGUUGGUCAUCUCCGGUGUGUGCGUAGGCGUGAUCGCGUACACGAAGGACCUGCGUAUGUGUGGGAGCGCCCCGUUGCUAAAGGAGGCUGAGGAGCAGAGCGAGAGCGGUGCUGAUGUGUGAGAGAGAUAUCCCAUAAACAAGUGACUACACA